AGAAGGCUGUAAAGCUCCUGUCCCUUGAGAUUUCCUUCUUUAGAUCAUUAGUCUCAUUGAAGAGCUCCCUCGAAUACAGGAAGCAGAAACUGAGGAAAAGGCUGGAACCAUUUUAUUUUGCUGAACACACUGAGGAAAGGGCAAUUUCUGGGUCAUAAGUUCCGCUGAAAAUGUCUGUCCAGUUUUCUCCACAGACACCCUGGAGAAACAACAACGUCAGUUUUCUGGGCAAAGAGUCAGCCGUAACAGAGCAAGGAGAAACUAUCAUAGGUUUCUACCUACUGGCUUUAGGUUGGCUCUCUUGGUUUGGAAACAGCAUUGUGAUUUUUGUCCUGUAUAAACAAAGACAUCUUCUGCAGCCCACUGACUACCUCACAUUUAACUUGGCGGUAUCAGAUGCUAGUAUCUCCGUAUUUGGUUAUUCACGGGGGAUCAUUGAAAUCUUUAAUGUCUUCAGAGAUGAUGGAUUCAUUAUCACAUCAAUAUGGACUUGCCAGGUUGAUGGCUUCCUGACGCUUCUCUUUGGCCUGGCUAGCAUUAAUACCCUUACAGUAAUCAGUGUGACUCGCUACAUCAAGGGUUGCCAUCCUGAGAGAGGUCACUGCAUCAGCAACAGCAGUAUGACGGUGGCGCUGGUUCUCAUUUGGAUAGCAGCUUUCUUCUGGUCAGCAGCUCCAUUACUUGGCUGGGGCAGUUAUACAGAUCGCAUGUAUGGCACAUGUGAGAUAGACUGGGCAAAAGCCAACUUCUCUACAAUCUACAAGGCCUACAUUGUUUCCAUUUUUAUCUGCUGUUUUUUUCUGCCUGUCACAGUCAUGGUCUUCUCAUAUGUGUCAAUUAUCAACACUGUCAAGCUAAGCCAUGCAUUAACAGGACUGGGUGAUCCCACAGACAGACAGAGGAGAAUAGAGCGGGACGUCACCAGAGUUUCUAUUGUCAUCUGCACAGCCUUCAUUAUUGCAUGGUCGCCAUAUGCUGUCAUUUCUAUAUGGUCUGCCUAUGGUCAUCCUGUACCCAAUCUUACCAGCAUUCUUGCCAGUUUGUUUGCUAAAUCUGCCAGCUUCUACAAUCCCAUUAUCUACUUUGGAAUGAGCUCCAAAUUUCGGAGGGACAUUUUCACCUUGUUCCAUUGUGCCAAGGAAGUCAAGGACCCUGUAAAGCUCAAACGUUUCAAAAACCUCAAGUCAAAACAAGAGCCCUCUCAGAAAGAAGUGAAGUAUGCAGAAGAAAUGCACCCUGCACCAAGCCCUGAUUCUGGGAUGGGAAGUCCAACCAACACCCCACCUCCUGCAAACAGGGAAGUGUAUUUUGGUAUUCUCGAGACACCAUCUAAUAACCUGGAUAUUGAAUGCGAUAGACUGUAAGUUUUGUGGCCACUUAAUACAUUUCAGGAAGACCCUCUUCAGAUCAGUGCUUGAGUGAUUUCCUAAUUCCCAGUCCAUCUGUUUCUUUCUAUAGCACUAAUGACUAUACAACUCAAGCAAAUCAGACGGUAAAGUGAUAUUUUCCUUCUAUGUAGGUACAAAAUGCUACAAAGCACAUUACAGUGUGGGCAGCACACCCAGUGCCAGGAACUUUCGACUUUCACAUGCAUGCAGGAAAAGGAAGACUGACCUGUGAAGAGCAGGUAUUAGUUAGCAAAAAUAACUAAUAAAUUCCUAUCCAAAUCUUAUAAAUUAGGAGAUUACAUUUCCUCUUCAACAGUCGCAGCCAUAGAGGACCAUUUUAGGUUGGUGGUGCUGCGCAGCCCAGGCUGUAGGAGAAGGUGAGCCCUGCCGAGAUUGUUGAGGAGCUGCUGCAGCUCUGAUGGUUGCGAGCCAGCAGGCAAAGAGGUGUGCUCCCUGCGGGGCACGGAGGCAUGCCCAACGUGGGGGUCCCAGGCCCUCUGUGUGCGUGGCCGUGUGUCCGAUCGCCUGUGCCUGACUCUGCAUGUGUCUAUGCGAGUUCCAGGAGUUGUAGCUCUUGGCAUUUUGUGGUCACUAUAGUCUGAACAGCGGCUUCAUAUUUUUCCUCAUUGGCCUGACCUUCCUGGUGAGCAGAGCCUGUCUGUAGCACUCAGAUUCAGGAAAGCUGGCCUUUAAUUUUACUGAUCUGUCUCCAAACUGGUUGUUUUUCUACCUGACAAUUAAGGUGGAGCAAGAGAUGUUCUACAGGCAAUAAAACCAAAAAUUACACUAAGGUUUUAAGAAUACUGAAUGGCAUCAGAGCUAUUUGCAAAAUAUAAUCUAGCACUUCACUGCUGCUUCUAAAGAAAGUUUUUGUACCUGCUUAUGGGUAAAGAGAUGACUUUUAGGUAAACGUAACUAAGUAACAAUUAAGGAUAGUGAUUUAAAUAGCUAAACUGUAGUCUUAAAUCAGUAGCAAGAUUAUCAGAUGUUAUAAUAUACAUUAUUUCACCAAGUUUAUUUUACAGAACCAAAAUGAGGAGGUAUAUCUUCAUAAUUCCUCACCUUGGAAAUUAACUGCAUACUCAGAGCGUUAUGUAAAAAUGUUUCUGUAUUAGCUGUGGAAACUGUGGGUUCAUUUAGUGCCAUUUACAAGUUAAACAAGGAGGAAAAAAAAGAAGAAAAAACACCAACAACAUUGGUUGCUAACCUCACUGCUAUUUAUGACUUUUUGGAAUUGCACUGUCUGGGUAUGCUAAAAUGUAGUUGUUUUGCAAAAGUAUGCUUUUCCAGAUGUGUUUCUUGGGAAAGUUACAGAGAGAACCGGCUUUCAUUUCCCCCAUUGCUCUGUUUGUUUUGAGAAAUUCACCUGUGUUUUGAAGUUAAAAACAAAUAAACAUUAUAAGCAACA